AUGGCUCGACAGACGUGGCAUAUGUUUACAUUGAUAACGAUAAUAUUUACGAUUUUAUCUCUCGCUGGCGAUGUUUUCUCGUCGACUGCAGCACCAUGGUACGAAAACCUACCUGCAGUCACAAUGGACUACAAAGUUCACAUAGAUGCCGGGAAAGAAGAUUGUUACUAUCAGUUUGUUCAACCCGGUGCCACAUUCUACGCAAGCUACCAGGUGCUAAAAGGAGGUGAUGGAAUGUGUGGGUUUGCUGUGCGGCAUCCGAAUGGCCAGAUCGUGCAUCCUUACGAAUGGCGACAGAGCGCGGAAUAUGCAGAUCAAACUAGUUCUGGCGGCUACUAUGCCGUUUGUCUCGAUAACCAGUUCUCUCGAUUUGCCGGAAAACUAGUCAAUUUAUACUUAUCGGUGAUUAGAUAUGACAUGUGGGAGAAAUACGCGAAGGAAGUAGAAGAAUUAGACAUGAACAUCAAAAACUUUACAAACUCAAUACAGUUUGUGGAAAGAAAUAUAAAUGAUAUCCUGCAGUUCCAGUAUCAUUCUAGAGCAAAGGAAUCACGUGAUUAUAACCUUCUAGUCGAUAACAAUACCUAUGUUUUACGAUGGUCUCUGUUACAAAUUAUUGCUGUAGCAGCCACAGGCACGCUUCAAGUGUACUUUUUAAGGAAACUAUUUGAGGUUAAAGACAAUUCAUCAAAGACACGAAUUUAG